AUGGAAUCGACGACAAAAUUUCUUAAGUUUAGUGAGGAUAGCAUGUCUGACGAUAGCAACUCAAAGUCAAAACAACCCGAACAAUGGGGCAAGAAGCUAGACUUCUUCCUGUCCGUGUUAGGACUGGUUGUCGGGUUCGGAAAUGUGUGGAGGUUUCCUUAUGUGUGUAUGAAGAAUGGCGGAGGUGCCUUCCUGCUACCUUACCUUAUCACUAUCUUCCUGCUUGCCAUACCGGUUUAUUUUAUGGAGGCGGCCCUUGGACAAUUCUCCGGUAGGACAAUGCGGGACGUUUGGAUAUUUUGUCCUCUGAUACAAGGUAUGGGUUUUGGACUACUCCUACUGAUGAUACUUUGUGUUUGGUACUACGUCAUGCUAACUACCUGGGUAGUUUAUUAUCUGUACCAAUCCUUUGUGUACCCGUUGCCAUGGAGCACGUGCGGCAACGAGUGGAAUACUCCCGACUGCUUCAGUUUCUUGGACAAGAGAUCAUCGAACACCUCACUGAACAACAAUUCUAGUCUGAUCAGUGGAGCUCUCCUCAAUGCUACGUCAUACUACAAUACGACAAACAUAACCAGAGACAAUCAAACGGGUUUUAUAUUUUUGGAAGGACACAGCUCUGAGGAAGAAUUCUGGCAGUACAAAGUAUUGGACAUUUCCGGCGGAUUUUAUGACUUCGCUUCUUUCAAGAGUCACCUCGUAAUUUGUCUACUGAUUACCUGGACUGUGGUCUACUUCUGUGUCAUCAAGGGAAUCAAGUCUACAGGCAAGGUGGUGUAUGUGACGGCCACGCUUCCAUACAUCCUGCUCACUGUCAUCCUCAUUCGAAGUCUCACUCUUCCCGGAUCUAUUGACGGUGUCGUAUUUUUCAUUAAGCCACACUUUCCUUCACUGCUCAAUGUUCAGGUGUGGAUACAGGCGGCUAUUCAGGUGUUCUACUCCAUGGGUAUUGGGUGGGGUAUCCACAUCACUUUAUCCAGCUUCAACAAAUUCAACAAUAACUGCUACACUGAUGCCUUCCUGUUGACGUUGGUCGGAGAAGGUACAAGUGUUUUUGCUGGAUUGGUCGUUUUUUCUGCUCUAGGAUUCAUGGCACACUCCGCAAAUAUGCCUGUCGCUGACAUUGUGAAAUCUGGUCCAGGUCUCGGUUUUAUUGCCUACCCUCAAGCCUUGGCACAGAUGCCCUACUCCAAUCUCUGGGCCGUUUUGUUCUUCCUCGCCCUUUUUACAGUAGGGCUAGAUAGUCAGUUUGCCUUUACGGAAACAGUAUGUGCCUAUCUGGAGUCGUCUUUCCCUCGACUCAGCCGCAGGAGGGUGUUGUUCAGGGCUGCACUGUCCAUUCUUGGUUUUCUCGCCAGUCUUGUGUUUUGUACUAGGGUAAGUUUUUUUCGAACAGAACGUUAG